AUGGCACCCAAGAAGGCACAGAAAAUGUCUCUGAACGAGUUCCUUGGUGAUAACACCUUGGGAUCGUGGGCUGACGAAAUGGAUGCUCUACCCACUGCUCCGGCCGCUCGGUCGGAUGAGGACCGUGCACGGCCCUCUGAUCGUAGGAGGGACGAUUUCCUGUCUUCACAUCCCGAUCGUGCCUCCGGGCAUUUCCAUGAAGAUCUUCCCUUGCCCACGGAACCUCCCUUUACUGCUUUCAUAGGAAACUUGGCCUUCGAUCUUACAGAAGGCGAGUUGGAGGAUUUCUUUGGCGGAUUACAGACAAACUCUGUCAAAAUCAUCAAGGAUAGAGAUGAAAAGCCAAAAGGUUUUGGAUAUAUCGAAUUUUCUGAAUUGGAAGGCUUGAAAGAAGCCUUGACUAAAUCUGGUGCAAGCCUCGCCGGUCGCACUAUCCGCGUGAGCGUUGCCGAACCUCCAAAGGAACGCUCUGGUUUUGGUGGUCACAGUGGCUUCGACGAUGAAGCCAAAUUCGCGAGCAACUGGAGACGUGAGGGCCCCUUGCCCGAUCUGCCUUCUUCCCGUGAUGCGUCAAGGAGACGAGAUGGCCAUCAGUCAAUGCGGGAACCCCCUCCGCCGUCUGUAUCAGAUACGGCCUCUGAUUGGCGCUCUUCUCGUGCUCCUGCUCGCUCUUCUACAACGACAUCGCUUGACUCUGAGUCCUCAUUCAGGCGUCGUGGAUCGGGCUUUAAGGAGGGUGUCCCUCAUGGGUCAGCCGAAACUGAAGACAGUUGGACCAUGGGCAGCAGGUUCAAGCCAACUGCGCCUUCGGGGGAGGGACCUGGCAGCCGGUUCGGAAGCAUGCGAGGCGUGGUUCCUCCGCGGGAUGCGCCCAGUCCACCUGAUGAAGGAGAUUGGCGCAGACCCCGCACUCUUUCGCGGAAUAGCACGUCACCAAGCGGCUCAACACCUCCAACGCCUCAACUGGCCCGCCGCAAGUUAGAGCUUCUUCCCCGUUCUACCUCCGCAUCUGCAACUCCUUCUCCUUUGGCGUCUCCGAAUCCUUCUACCACCUCAAGUGCGCAUCACCGGUCAAACCCGUUCGGUGCCGCGAAACCCGUGGACGUGUCCGCCAAGGAGAUGGCUGCUGAGGAACGCAUCGAAAAAGAACGGGAAACGACCAAGGAGCGUGUUUCGCAUCACACUAUGUCCCGUACGUCUUCACACACGGCUUCGCUACGUGACUACCCGACAGCGCACGCCACACCCCCUGCCUCUGCUGUUGCUAGUCCGACCACUCCCCCACUCGAGCCACACAAAAGCCUUCCGUCUGCGGCCGGCGCGAAUGUUCGACCAUCAUUCAGCUUUGCGAACGUGGCAGCGGGAAAGAAGGAAUACGCUAAUGAUAAUGUAGACGGUGAUGAAUUGCAAGAGAUCAUCGAGCAGACAGAGGAGGUGAAGAUCUGA